AUGCUUGCGAAGAAACUAGUCACAGCCCCUCUCCAGUCUCGGUUUAUACACUCUUCCGCCAUGGCAAACGCCAGAGCCGCCCGCAUCGUAUUUGCGACAUCCAAGAGAGGUUCAGAACCAUCACAUAUGAAUUCCCGAAGCUGUCCCACUGUCGCCGAGUUUGACGAGUAUCUACAGCCAUCAAACCCCAACCUGCGCAUCAACUGUGACAAGACCCUUUUCUCCAUGAUAACGCCCGAAGUCAAGGAGAAAUUGCCUAACGCUGCCUCUGAGAAACCACUUGAUGCCAUCAUUGUCGGCCUUGAGUCUCAUGUAUGCGUUACACAGACAGCGUUGGACCUGCUAUCGUUGGGUCACCGGGUGUAUAUCAUUGCAGACGGAGUUAGCAGUGCCAAUGCCGAGGAGAGGCACGUUGCGCUGGCCCGGCUACGGGAUGCUGGUGCUAUCGUGACAACAAGCGAGAGCAUCUUGUUUGAGAUCAUGGGUGACUCCAAGAUUGGGGUGUUUAGGGAGAUUAGUGGGCUGGUCAAGGAGACUGGAAAGGAGACCAAGGGUGCUUUGGAAGCGUUCUGUUCUGCUAGUAAGAUUUGA